UCUCUCUCUCUCUCUCUCUCUCUCUCUCUCUCUCUCUCUCUCUCUCUUUCUCUCUCUCUCUCUGUCUUUGUAUAGAGUUUCUGAGAACUGGGUCUAGUGUUUUUUUGUUCAUAUUUGUGUGGAUGUUGUGGGAUUUUCUUGGUAUUGGCAAGCUUGGUAGUAUAGAAACAUAUUGAAGAAGAAAAAAAGUAGUUGGAGGGUCUGAAAACUGAUGUCUCUCUUCUUUUGUGUAUUGUAAAAACGAAAAUUGUCUCUUGGGUUGAGGCCAAAGAGAGGAAGAAGACAUCAGAUAGGUGGUUCAUGGUUUUAUAAUUUUUGGGUUGGAGGCAAGAAAUCAGAUUCAGCUGCUUCUCCACCUCCCUCCCUCCCUCCACCCCCCUCUCUCUCUCUCAAAGUGUUUCUUUCUUACCAUGUUUAGCUUUUCCUAGGUUGGUUUAGGUUUGUUUCUAGAUCUGAAUGAGAGAGACAAAGAAACACUAGGAUUCAAAUCCAUGGCACAUGAUGCAAUCCUAGGAUUAAGAUGAUAAAAGGUCUGAUAGCCCAACAAUAAUAUCAUCAUCAACAGCCAGUUGUGGUGGAAGAGAACAUGUCUAAUUUGACUUCAGCAUCUGGUGAAGCAAGUGUUUCUUCUGGAAAUAGAGCUGAAACUGCCCCCAUGUAUCCUCAACAACAAUACUUUGCUCCACCAAAUCAAGCUCAAGCUCAAGUUCAAGCUCAGCCUGCAGUGAAGAAGAAGAGAAACCUGCCAGGAAACCCAGACCCAGAUGCAGAAGUGAUAGCUUUGUCACCCAAAACACUCAUGGCAACAAACAGAUUUGUGUGUGAGAUCUGCAACAAAGGGUUCCAGAGGGACCAGAAUCUUCAGCUUCAUAGAAGAGGGCAUAAUCUUCCAUGGAAACUGAAGCAAAGAACAAGCAAAGAGGUGAGGAAGAAGGUGUAUGUGUGCCCAGAAGCCAGUUGUGUGCACCAUGACCCAUCAAGAGCUCUAGGGGACCUGACAGGAAUCAAGAAGCACUUUUGCAGAAAGCAUGGUGAGAAGAAGUGGAAAUGUGACAAGUGCUCAAAGAGGUAUGCAGUUCAAUCAGACUGGAAAGCUCACUCCAAGACUUGUGGCACUAGAGAGUACAGAUGUGACUGUGGAACCCUUUUCUCAAGGAGGGAUAGUUUCAUAACUCACAGAGCUUUCUGUGAUGCUUUGGCAGAGGAGAGUGCAAGGGCAAUCACUGGGAACCCAGUUCUACUUUCCUCACAAGCUGCUGCAGGGCCAUCAUCAUCAACACCCCAUUCUCAUUCUCAGAUUAGCCUCCAGCAACAACAACAAUUCAACAGCAACCAUGAUUUCCAUGCAUUUCAGAUGAAGAAAGAGCAGCAAAGUUUCAGUAUAAGGUCUGAGGUGGUACCGCCAUGGCUUUCAUCAUCUUCUUCAUUGUUCCCAACAAGGUUAGACCAUGACUUCACACAGACAACCCAAGAUUUGGCUCUCCAUGACAUUCAAAACCCUAACCCUAACCCUAGCCUUGGCCCCACUCUUCCUCCAUACCAUCCAACACUCUCCCCACACAUGUCUGCUACUGCAUUACUGCAAAAGGCAGCUCAAAUGGGUGCAACAAUGAGCAAGACUACUGGUGGUUCUGGUGCUUCAGCACCAGCCAUGAUCAGACCCCACCAAGCUCACGUGUCUGCUGAUCACUCUUGUAACAAUACAACUGGUUUUGGGUUGAAUUUGUCUUCACGUGAAGAGAUGGGUGGUGGGUUUGUCCAAGGCUUGGCCCCUUUUGGGAAUAAAGCUGCUGCAGUUCCUUCUGCUGCAGCUGCAGCUGCUGCUACAGGCCCAGGUGGUGGUGCUCCAUCUCCUUCUCUUCUUCUUCAAGACAUGAUGACUUCUCUGUCUUCUGCAACUGGGUUUGACUCCUCCUCCUUUGAAGAUGCUUUUGGUGGUAUGCUGAAUUCAAGGAAAAAUGGCAACAAUCUCCACCAAACUCUUCCAUCAAAAUCAACAACCACCACCGCCACCACCCACCAUAGCAGUGGUGGUGCUGGAAAUGAUGGUUUGACAAGAGAUUUUCUGGGUCUAAGAGCUCUCUCCCACAGCGACAUUCUCAGUAUAGCUGGCCUUGGAACCUGCAUGAACACCUCUCCCCAUGAUCAUCAGAAUCAGACCCAAAAGCCAUGGCAAGGUUAGCUCCUACAUUCAACCUUUCCCUCAUUCAAUUUUCUCUCCUCUCCUUUUUCCUCCUCCUUUGUUCUCUAUAGUUUCAAUCUUCCCAAAGGGAAGGACCUCGAAAAUUCCUUAUAUUUCUAUCUUAUCCUCUUAUCCCCUUUCCCCCUUUUUCCUUUAGAUUGAUCAAAUGUCUGUAAUCCUACAUCUUCAAUAACAAGACCUGCAAAAGGAGACCCCCUAUAGCAACUUCUCCAACAGUGGCUUCAUAUUGUUGAUGUGCCCUUUGCUUAAUUUCAUGCACUACUGCUACUUAAAUA